GCAGCACAAUAAAAAGAAUUUGUCAGGCGGCGUUUGUUUUUGUUCUCUCUCCCUCUCUCUCUCUCUUGCAUCUCUCUAUCUGUUUUCCUCGCCCGUCUGCCGGCCUUCGUUACGCGUGUGUGCGUGUGUCUCCGCAUCCGUGUAUCCGUGCAUGUGUCCGUGCAUCGGUGUGUGUGUUUCUGUGCAGCGCAAAGAUAAAAAAGUUGAGAAAUUGAGAUAUACGAAAUGAAAUACAAAAAUUCAACUUAAGAAAUUGCGCCGAAGAGAAAUUAAUUUAUGGCCAAAAUUUAAUAAGUGCAGGGCACAAGCCAGGGAAAAAGUGCGCACAAGUUUUCACCCAGCCGAUAAAAGCCGGCCGAUAUAUAUUUCUAUAAAUACAACUGAAAUAAUUUCGAAAAAUUCUAAACACGCGACAAAAUAAAGAAAGAAAGAAGAAUCCUGUGAGUGUGUUUGUUUGUGCUGAAAUGCCGUCGGCAAAAUGCUAAAUGCGACUGCAACUAGCUGACAAAUCAAACAAAAACCAAUCAACAAAUGUGCCAAAUUGUUAAGCGUAGUGAAAGUGCAGAUAUCAGACAGCUUUGAGAAUAAAAAUAACAAACAAAGGAUAGUAGAACAUAAUAACAUGGAUCCCAAUCGUAGCCCCUUUAACAAUAUUUAGUGGAAAAGUAAAAGUAAAGGGUUUUCAAAACAUCUUCUUUGAUCUUGUAGUCUACAAAAAAUCGUAGCCACUCCCACAAUCACGAAACGACUAUCUAUAGAUUCAUCAAGAGAAUCACAAUCGGCAACUGGUAAAAAUGGAUUACUAGUGAGAGAGACCCCAACUUGGUUAUCUUAAAUAUUGCCCAAAAAUGACCGAAUACGUGACGCCCAUGAUUAGCACCGUCUUGAAGAAAUACCAGACGAGUGCCACGAAAUCGCUUCAGGGGCCAGGACACACCCUAAAAUCCGCCGGUGUCCUGGAUAUUUCCACCAAUGGACGAAGUGAGAGUCCUGGCCAGGGCCUGUCCAAUGGCAAGUGCCAAGCCUCGUCGCCAGCUGUGGCUCUGAUCAAAAAGGAAAUACUCAGUUCACCAGAACCCCAGGAGCUGCAUCAUGAAUGCUCCUCGAGGGGAACGCCCCCACAGAUAUAUCCACCUGCCACGCCCCCCAGGGAACUGUCGCAACCGAUCCUCUCGGUAGCCGACUCGGGAUGUGGUGAACUGUACGAGACGAAGUUGGAGGGAAAAACCAUUGGAUGCUUUUCCGUGGGCGGCGAAAUGAGACUUUGCCUGCCCCAGUUUCUCAACAAUGUUCUCAAUGAUUUCUCCCUGGAACAGAUCAAUCGGAUCUUCGACGAACUGAGCAUAUACUGUUCACAGUGCACGCCCGAUCAACUGGUGGAGUUUAAGGCCGCCAAAAUCCUGCCAUCGGAUGUUAAGGCCAGUGGCUUAAUCACCCGCACCGAUGCGGAGCGACUCUGUGCCGCGCUACUCCAUCGAUCGGAUCGCAAUAGCUAUGUCCCGAUCGAGAGCCUGGCCAAGGGAGCACUCAGUUUCCACGUGUAUCACAAGUGCUUUGGCAAAUGCGAGGGCAUCUGCACGCCCGACAUGUACUCGUACCAGAAACCGACCUGCAUCAAGUGCCUGGAGUGCGACGGCUGGUUCUCGCCGCAGAAAUUCGUGGGUCAUGUGCAUCGGGAGUUCGAGAAUCAAACAUGUCACUGGGGCUUCGAUUCGCGCAACUGGCACGACUAUCUGCAUGUGGCGCUGGACGUGGAGAACCGGGAGAAGUACCAGAUCAUCCUCGAUCAGCUGAAGGAGGUGGAGCUCAAGGAGAUGCACAAGGCGCAAUGGGAAUUGGAUCACAAAAAGAGAAAGGCGGAAAUGCUCAUGGACGAUGGUCUUCUUGGAGCGGGGCAUGUUCUUGGAUUGGCGGGACAUCCGCAUGGACUGGUGGGCGCCCUGGCCCCGCCCCCGCCUCCGCCGAUGAAGCAGUCCCAAAUGGACAUUCCCAGUGGCAAGAAGCAGCAGCAGCAGCAGCAGCUAAAGGGGUCGUCGACGGCGGCCACGCCCGCGCUGGAGUAUCAGUAUCAGAUUAUGUAUGCGCACUGUGUGCAGCAGCAGCAGCAGAGGGAGCGAGAAAGGGAAAGGGAGCGAGAGCACCUGCACCCUCUACCCCUGCCUCUGCCCUUGUCCCACCAGCAUCGAGCCGUUCUGGUGGCCUCCGCCCCUCACCCACAUGGACCGCACCACCACCCACCACCCGCGCUGAACUCGUCGUCGGCCUUCCGCCCUUGGGGACCCACCACCACCAAGGCUUUCCUGCAUGCCUACAAUGCCACGCUGUCUGCUCUACCCUACGCCUGCCAGGAACCCCCAGAGCUCCAGAAUCCGGAGCGAGUGGUGCGGAGUACGGACAAGAGGUAUGCGGAGAGGACCUACCAACCUAAUGUGGCCUUGGCACCGCGCAAGAGCAUACUUUGCAAGGAGCGGGACAAGGAGCGCGAGGUGAUGGAGCGGCACAAGUUGCGGGAGAAGGAGCGAGCGGACCAGCAGGUGGUGCACAUCAAGCAGGAACGAUCGCAGACACCCACGCUCACACCCACGCACACACCCACAACAUCGCCGGCCGAGGAUGUGGCAGCACCGCUGGAGGUCGUCGAACCACCACACACCUCCUCGAGUGGCAGCAAUUCACCACUACUCGCCCACCUGCCACUAACCGCCGCCGCCGCCGCCGCAGCAGCAGCAGCACCACCACCACCACCAGUCUGCGCCACAGCACCACCCAAUGGAACAGCCGGUGCACCGGCGACAACCACUAACCUUCGGAACAUGCGCAGUCCCGAGGAGUUUUCAGCGGGUGGCAGCAAUGAGAUUACCUCCUCCACCUCACCGCACCACCAGGUGGUGCAGCAAUCGGCUGGAGCCCACCAUCAAGCACCACCGUCGCAGCACAUCAUAGCCACCGUUAAUCAGCAUGCCAAACUUUUGCCCAGCUCCAGUUCCCUGCCCAAUGGCAAUGGCAGCAGUUCGUCGCUGGCAGCCACAAACAAUGAACCGAGUCGGAUUCGGAUCAACAAGAACCUGAUGAUGACCCAUCAGUUGCCAGUGGGCAUCGGCAUGGCCCCACAUCACCAUCACCAUAGCCACCAUAGCCACCAGCACCAGCACCACCAUCCAACGCACAUGCAUCACUACAGCCAUGGGUACUACAAGCCCAGUCAGGCCACCUCACCCACCCAGUCCUCCAGUGCCGGGCUGAACCUGAGCACACAUUCGUCGAAUGUGGUCAGUUCGCACCACCAUCAGAAGUCGCAGCAUAGCAGUUCAGCCGGAGCAGGCCUGCCGAAUGGCAAGCCCCAUCUGGGCAGUGAGUUUGAGUUGUCCACGGACACCGAUGACACGGACAGUCUGAAUGGUGAGCCCGAUUCGAGUGCCAUGCUACCGCCCUGGGAACAGGCAGUGGAGUCUCUGAGGGAAACUCGACCCAGGGAUCGGGAGCGGGUGCUGCAAAUGCUGCAGCGGUUGCUGCAGGAGAAUCAACAGUAUCGAUACAACAACAUCCAAUUGAGUGAGCUGCUCCACAAGCAAGAUGCCCACAUAGCCGAUCUUACGGAGCAACUGCAACGGUAUCGCCGACAAUUCGAGGAGCAGGACUGCAAAGUGGAUCUGCGCAAGAUGCCAUUCAAGCAACAAACUCGACUGGCUGAGGGGAGUCGCGGGGAGCCAGAGGAGGAGAUGGAGGAGGAGCUAGAGGAGGACCUGGAGGAGGAGGAAAUGGAGGACAGAGCUAAUAACAAUAAUCAGCAGGAGCUAUCGCCACUGAUAAAGCCCCCGACAAAUGGCCUGCGACGAAGUGCCACGCCCCUCAACUGUUGUGGCAGUGAGGGCGAUGAGUUCGAGAAGCGAGAUGAGCCGGAAAACAAAAGAAUGAAGCUGCAGGAAGAGGAGAAAAUUCAGGAGGAAAGUCCCUCAAACAAUUCAGAGCCAGAGGAUUUGCAGAAAGACCAAGAAAAUGGCGAGAAAUCCCCUCCAAAUGAUAGUCUUAAAAGUCCCCAGCCCAGUCAAAUCUCCAGCGACGAGGAAAUGGAGGAAGAUGACGAUGAAGACGACGACGACGAUGGGGAGGAUGGGGAUGAGGAUGAGGAUGAAGUGGUUCAGAUACAAGCUCCCCACAGUAGUGCACUGGCCACGCCCCCCACGGCAACAACGCCCCUUUCACCGGACUCCGCGGCAACUGCCGGCCAAUUGUUCGAUAGCAGCAAUAGCAGCGAUGAGUCAUCGAUGAAGAAGGCCCAAAUGUCCGCCUGCCAUGCACUGGAAAAAAUCAGCAGUAAUGUUGCCAGUGAGGAGAACAACCAAAGGCUUGAAGAGGAGAGUCAGGAGGAGGAGGAAGCGGAGGCGGAAGAAGAGGAUCCAGAUGAAGAGGACUCCGAUGACGAUGAGAUGCCAUUGCAGCAGCGACAGCAGCAGCAACGCCAGCGUGUGGCUCCCCAGACAAUGGUCAGUGGAUCAGCCCCCGCACCACCGGCCCCACCACAUCCACAUCCCCCAAUGGCCACCAAGGCCAGCAAGAAGCAAACGCCACCAGCACCACCACCCACAACAACCACAUCAGCCACAGCAUCAGCAUCGACAACGAACUGCGAGUUACAAAUCAAAAAGGAAAUAGCCUAGAGAUAAAUAAAUACCCCAGAAACCUCUCAGAGAAAAGCUCUUUCACACACACACACACACACACACACACACACACACACACACACACACACACACACACACACACACACACACACACACACACACACACACACGAAAAAACAAUUAAAUCUUAGUUAAGAUCCCCAUUUUAUUUGGAGAACAGAGUGCAGCCCAAAUUCAAGCACAAAGUAGUAACGCACAUAUUGUCCACUUAGGAGCAGUGUUAAUUAUAAAGAAAGCAAAUCUUUUGCAAAUAGGGGGAAUAAAGUAUGGCUCGACAUUUUUAGGUAAUGGUUUUCAAAAUAUCUGCAUUGAAAAACUGGCUUUUUAAUUGUUACUCGUUUUAUAUCAGGGGACUACGAUUUGGAUUUUAAUUACCUUUAGAUAUUUUGUGAGUCAAAAUUUGUAAAAGCCUUUUUUUAAAUGAACAGAAAUUUGUGAAAUCUAUGCCGAAAUAGAAACAAGGAAUUCCUUAAUUUUCAACACAUAACAUUUCCCCUAAAACAAAAAACCAAUUAAAAUUUUUAAAUGUUUUUCAAAUCGCUUUUACAUAGCUUGAAUUGAUCUCACUUAUAUGAACAAAAAGGACAAAAGCAAACUUAUUUAGGCUUACCCAAUUCGAAAAUCUUUCAGCGUUGCUUGCAGAAAUUAUAAAUGAAACCAAAGCUUUAAAAAAAAUUUUAUUUUUGUAUAUUGUUCAACGACCAAUUUGUGCGUAAGUAUUACACUUACAGCUAAACCUAAAUAAGUUAUUAUUUUUUAAUAACUUGUAAGCUCUGCAAGACAUUUAAACCCAAAAUAAUAUUCAAAUCGAGGCUUUUAAAGCGAAAUUUAGAAAAGUUUUUUCUUUGGUCAGACAGGCAGCUGGUUCUUAUGAAGCAGGAGAAUAUACCCUGCAAACCAAUGUAAUUACAUUAAGUUGGACCCUAACUUUAAGUUGAACAGACAAUUUGAUAGAGCAAAGAGAGAGGGCACACAAAAUGAACCCACCACAGAUAACAACAGCAAAAUUAAUGCUAAACAAUUCUAACAUAAUAAUUAUUAAAAAAACAAAAACAAAUAUUUAUGAUUAAGAUGUUGCCGCGUUAAAUUAUACAAUACAAAUAUGAGUAAUAUUCUACGAUAUAUGAUAGAUAAUGAGCAGCAUGUGCGAGAGUAUGAAUUAAUGCUAAGCCUUCACGAAAAGCAUAAGCAUAUAUACAUAACAUAAAUAAAGAUUAAUAUUUAUUGUAGCUGCUAGAUCUAAUUCGAGCAAUUCUCUUAUCUGUACAAUUAUAGUCUUCUGUUCUUCUUCACCUUGUAAGCUUUGCUCUGUAGGCAUUUAGUUUCGUAGAUCGUAACACAUUUGCUAACUAGUUAGUAAGGCUUUUCUAUGGCUCAGUUCUUUGUCUAUUGUGAAUGGCAUCGAAUGGUCAUCAGUUUUUUGUAAAUAUUAUUUUCCCCUCGACAAGAUUAGAGUACAACGGAUUUAAGUUGCCAACACUUUGUGAGAAACAUAUGUAUAUGCUAGAUAACUUCUGGAUGAUAACCAACUAAAAACAAACCCAAGCCAAGAGCCAAGCGAAAAGAGCGCAGAGAUUUCAAAAAUCUAUAAACUUUUGUUAUAAAAACAUAUUUCAUAAAUUAUUUAUGCCUGUGUGUGUUUGUACUUUUUAAAAGAAAACAUUUCGUUCUGUAUUUAAGAAUACAAGUUCUAAGCUAAAUUAAAACAAAAAUAAAACAAAUGCAAACAUUUAAACAAAUUCAAUCCAAAAUUUGUCUAGAUCAUAAGCUAAAAUUUUGUAAAAUUGUAUAAAUUUAAACAAUCGAUACCACGAAACAUUUAAAUCGUAAAUAAAACUUUUAUGAACCAUUGAAAUUGAGAUAUGAAACAUGAAAAAAUCCAUUGUUAUGCAUAUUUAAAGAAGUUACAUAAAACAUAUGCAUCAAAAAACACAAAAAACAAAUUACGAUUGCUAUGCAAAAAAAAAAAAAACAAAAAUAUACAAAUUAUUGUAAAUUAAUUCUCUCCAAUUUUGUGUUUCAUUUGCCAGACCAGAAACAGUACGAUAAUAAACGAAUUACAUUACAUAAAUUAUAGAACACAGCAAAACAGAACGAUACCGAGUAAAUAGGGACGAAACAUGGUUAAUCAAAAACGUCAAAACGGUUUUCAGCAAAUUUCGUGUAUUUAUGGCCAAAUUUUACAAAACGAUGAAAAUAGUUGAGCAUACAGAGACGAGAAAAACCCAAACAUUUUUUGUAUAAUUUUUGCUAACAACCCAAAGAGAUAAACAACAAAACAAACAAUCAUUUUUAUAAUUAAACGAUUAAAAUAUAUUGACAAAUUUUACAUAACCCGAGUGUUUAUAUAUGACAUAUUAUAUAUUUAAAUUUAAAUACGAGAUAGAACGAUGCCCAGCAAAACAUAAGCAUCUUUGCCCGCUUAAUAAAUCGACUUGAUAUUGUUAAAACUUUAACGUGCAAAGGCUAAGCAACCAGAAGAACAAGAAAUCACAAAAUAAUGGCAUAAGUUAUAUAUUAAUUAAUUAAGCAUGCAGCAACAAAUCCGCGUCUUGUCAAAAUACAACAUAUACAUAAUUAUAUGUCUGACGAUUCAGAAUGCAGAAAUAAAAUGUACAAAUUGUGGAGCAAAUAAACAAUAGAAAAUAUAGUGAGAAUUCGGGGAGGAGUAUGAACGAAAACAUCAAAUGAAAUGCACCACAUGCAAAAAAAGUUUAAUCAAAUUAAACAGUUAAUAAAAAAACAAAUUUGA